UGCCCGCCGCCCGGGCCGCCCGCCCGCCCGUAGCCAUGAGCGCGCUCCACCCGGGCCGAGCCCGCCGCCCCCUGGACUAGUUCUGCCGCCGCCCCGACCCGCCCGCACCAUGGAGUCUCCUGCCCCGAGCCCGCCCGCCGGCGUGCCCACGUCCAAAGGAAAGUCCAGGAGGAAAAAGGAUUUACGAAUCUCCUGCACGUCCAAGCCGCCAGCGCCCAGCCCCACGCUCCCCCGGAACCUGGACUCCCGGGCCUUCAUCACCAUUGGAGACAGGAACUUUGAGGUGGAGGCGGAUGACCUGGUGACCAUUUCAGAGCUGGGCCGAGGUGCCUAUGGGGUGGUCGAGAAGGUGCGGCAUGCCCAGAGCGGCACCAUCAUGGCCGUGAAGCGCAUCCGGGCCACUGUGAACUCUCAGGAGCAGAAGCGCCUGCUCAUGGACCUGGAUGUCAACAUGCGCACGGUGGACUGCUUCUACACCGUCACCUUCUACGGGGCCCUCUUUAGAGAGGGAGAUGUGUGGAUCUGCAUGGAGCUCAUGGACACGUCCCUGGACAAGUUCUAUCGGAAGGUGCUAGACAAGGGCAUGACGAUCCCAGAAGACAUUCUUGGGGAGAUCGCUGUGUCUAUCGUGAGGGCCCUGGAACACCUGCACAGCAAGCUGUCCGUGAUCCACAGAGAUGUGAAGCCGUCCAACGUCCUUAUCAACAAGGAGGGCCACGUGAAGAUGUGUGACUUUGGGAUCAGUGGUUACUUGGUGGAUUCCGUGGCCAAGACAAUGGACGCUGGCUGUAAACCCUACAUGGCCCCCGAGAGAAUCAACCCAGAACUGAACCAGAAAGGCUACAAUGUCAAGUCAGAUGUCUGGAGCCUCGGCAUCACCAUGAUUGAGAUGGCCAUUCUGCGAUUUCCGUACGAGUCCUGGGGCACCCCCUUCCAGCAGCUGAAGCAGGUGGUAGAGGAGCCGUCCCCCCAGCUCCCAGCUGACCGUUUCUCCCCUGAGUUUGUGGACUUCACCGCACAGUGCCUGAGAAAGAACCCCGCGGAACGCAUGAGCUACCUGGAGCUGAUGGAGCACCCUUUCUUCACCUCGCACAAAACCAAGAAGACUGAUAUCGCUGCCUUCGUGAAGGAGAUCCUGGGAGAGGACUCGUAGGGGCAGGGCUUGGACCUGCUCCAACCCUCUGUUGGGGCAGUGCUUGCCCACACCCAUAAGCUACUGCCGCCCUGGCCUUGGGCGCCCAAGAGGAAUCCAGGGGGCUGCUCCUGCCUGACAGGCAAGGUCCCAAGUGCCAAAGAACCAGACCACCGGGGACCCCCAGUGCCUCUGCCCCUGCUGCUCCAAGGACCCCAAGACUCUGGACUUGGAGGGGCCUGAUGCCCCUCACAGAGAAGGCAACCCUGCCUUGUGCAGGCCACUGCCUUGGCCCAGCCCUGGACGCCACCCAAGUUGUAUAUUUUUUUAUCUCUCGACUGAAUGGACUUUGCACACUUGGCCUAGGCUGGCCACACCUCUGUCCCGGCAUUGGUGGGGGGACCCAGCAUGGGGAUGAGCCACGUGAAUUCCCUGGAGCCCCCACAAGGCAGGUGCCAGAGCCGCCGAGGCCUUCACCCCAGCACUGGCAGACGGGGCUCUAAGGGCACUGGGGUUACCUCACCCUUGCCUGCCGCCUCUAGGGGUGUUGUUUCACCUUUAUUUUUUUAAUUUAUCUUCCUGAUUUUUUCUUCCGCUUUGUGGGUUUGGCUGGUUUUUCUUGCAUGGUUUGGAGCCGAUCAUUUUUUUUGUCACCUGCUAGGGGACCAGCAGGCUAAGACCUGCCCUCUCUGCUCAGGCUGGGGUCUUGGGAGAUGGGCCUAAGUCUCUGCUCAGAGAGGUGCUAGGUGAGCCACCAAGCUCAUUCUCCUUGGGGACCGGCUCGACAGGGGCUGUGGAUUUGCUUUUGGUGUUGUUUAAAAAAAUAUAUAUAUAUAAAAUAUUUUUUUUUUUUUGGAAGAAAGGACUGCCUGUCUAGGGUCCUGUCCCUGAUGGGUUGGGGCAGUUGGCUGAUUGCUGUUUUAAUAAAAAAAAAAAAAGUGGGGCAAAA